GGGAAGAGUCUGCAGGCCGCACCCUGGCCCUGCCCCUUUCUGGCCCGUCCCUGCAUCCGCUUCCGGUUCCCAGAUUGAGUUCGUGGUGAACGGAGGCUGUGGUGGCUGAGGCCUCGCCGCAGUUCCAGGGCUUUGCCCGAGAUGGACAGCCGGAUUCCUUAUGAUGACUACCCGGUGGUUUUCCUGCCUGCUUAUGAGAAUCCCCCAGCAUGGAUUCCUCCUCAUGAGAGGGUAUACCACCCAGACUACAACAAUGAGUUGACCCAGUUUCUACCCCGAAUUGUCACGCUGAAGAAACCUCCUGGAGCUCAGUUGGGAUUUAACAUCCGAGGAGGAAAGGCCUCCCAGCUAGGCAUCUUCAUCUCCAAGGUGAUUCCUGACUCUGAUGCACAUCGAGCUGGACUUCAGGAAGGGGACCAAGUCCUAGCUGUGAAUGAUGUAGAUUUUCAAGAUAUUGAGCACAGCAAGGCUGUUGAGAUCCUGAAGACAGCACGUGAAAUCAUCAUGCGCGUCCGCUUCUUUCCCUAUAAUUAUCAUCGCCAAAAAGAGAGAACUGUGCACUAGAGAUUUGCAGCCCACAUCCCUCCACAUGGAAUCUGCCUGGACAAGCUAGGCCCCAGGGAAGCCACUUGCGAAACUGCUCUCAGGCCCUCCCUGGCCUAGUAGAGUAAGGAGGAUGGGGAGACAGUGAGAUCCUGCACUGAGCCAGCUAGCCAACUGCAUUACCCAAACUGCACUGCACUUUUAGUUCCCUGGUUUUCUGGGUGAGCUUCAUCCCCUGUGAAAGGAGGAGGAUGAUGAUGUCUAGGUAUAACCAAGCCUGUGGGGAACCCUGCUAGAAAAGGCAGCUGACACUUAUUGAUUCUCAUGUGCUAGACAUUUUCACAAAUGCCAUAUUGCUUUCAUUAGCUUAUAGAAAUUAAUAGAAAAAAAAAAGAAUCCUGGGGGCCUUCACUCUAAUCUGACUGGCCAUCUCAUCCCAUCCUUGUACUAUCAAUCAGAGGUUUCAUACACUUCAGAGAUUCCAGUGUGACCCUGUUUGUCCCCCUUCCUCCUCCUAACUUCUCUCAAAAAAGUAAAAGGCAAUGCUGAGGAAA